AACUAGCUUUUGUGAAGUGGGACCCAGAAUACUAUGCUUUAAUCAGGACGUGCUAACAACGAUUUGACUGAGCUACUGCUGGGUUCGCGCAGGGCGUGUGGAAUGCUUCAUGAAUACUUCCAGAUCUGAUCACAAAUUCCUACUACCACUCGAUCACGAAGCAGGAAAAAAAAAAAGAAAAAAAAAAUAUGACUUAUCCUUCCUGGAUACUGCCUUUACAAAAUGACUUGUUAGGCGUGUGGAAUGCUUCAAACUUACACACAGGUGAUGUUAGGGAGGUUCAGCCAGCCACGUUCUCUGUUUCUGACAGGGCGAAAAACUAAAAGCAAACAUGGGAUGCACAUCCAUCUCCUGCCUUGCCUUCAAGCGAAGUCUUCCACUGCUCUUCUUUUGAAGAGACAUAAAUUCAAAAACAAAGCUUCAAAGGAAGAACAAGAGUGCUAAAGUGAAGAGAUGGGUCUAUCUCAAGUCUGGCAAUGGCAAAACAUACUCCGUAGGAAAUUCUUUAGAUCAUCCCAGACUGAUCAAUUUGUUGUUCUUCAUCCCAACCCAAGCUCAAGUCCACCAGAAGAUUCAAGCACAGAAGCGACAGCCAGGUCAGAGAACUUCACCCAUGGCACAACUCCAUCAUCUCAGCAGAAUGUGAUCGCGGAAGAGCAGAAUGUGAUCACCGAAGAAGAUAUUGCAGCCAUAAAAAUUCAAGCAGUUUUCAGGGGUCAUCUUGCUAGACGAGCAUUUAGCGCACUUCGGAGCCUGGUAAAGCUGCAAGCAUUGGCUCGUGGGUUGUAUGUGCGGAAGCAAUCACAGAUAGCCCUGCAUUGUAUGCAUGCACUUGUGCGGUUACAGGUCCGGGUUCGUGCAAGGCAACUCCUCGGCAUAUGUAGUGAUGACUGAUUGAUCUCCACCU